AUGACCACAUUCAUGUUUGUGUAUAAGGAGACACUCACCAGUACUAAGUCAGCAGAAGAGCUUCCACGCGAGAUGAUAGAGAUUAUAGAGGAAUACAAGGAUGUAUUUCCAGAAGAGAUACCUCCAGGUUUGCCGCCAAUACAUGGGAUAGAGCAUCAGAUCGAUUUGGUACCAGGUUCAGCACUACCGAACAGACCCUCUUACAGAACUAAUCCAGUGGAGACCAAAGAGCUUCAGAAGCAAGUAGAAGAGCUGAUGAGCAAGGGACAUAUCCGAGAGAGUCUCAGUCCAUGUGCAGUACCAGUUUUGCUUGUACCAAAGAAAGAUGGCUCAUGGAGGAUGUGUGUUGAUUACAGAGCUAUUAACAACAUUACAGUGAAGUACAGACAUCCGAUUCCGAGAUUAGAUGACAUGCUGGACAAGUUAUGUGGUUCAACAUCCAAGCUUGCUGGAAAUGUAUUCGCAAAUCUGAGGACUAGUAGCUUUGGUGAAAAUGUCCGCCAGUUGGUCUUUGCUUGGAGUGUAACACGGCAAGACUACACCUUCUUCAAUAUUUUCUCACACUUUAUGGCAAUCUACCUCAAUGUGCUUUGUCCUUUCAUGGAAGACCGAGUUGGUUGCUAUGUGAAUCGCUGCCUUAUUGUCACAAUGCAUAGUGAUUGGUUGAUCAGACUCCACUCCAAGAUCCUUGAGGAGGCUUUUGAGCCAUGUGAGCUUGUUGGUUAG